GCUUGCGCAGGACCAGAGAGCCACCAGACACACGCACAGUUAACCCGAGAGAGACCACAAAAGACUUCUGAAACCUGUUUUGUGUGUUUGGAACCAGCAUAUUAUCAUUAAGCAACUGGGAAAAACAACAAGGACGUCCAGCUGCCUUUUUACGCGAGACUAUUUGGAAUUAUUUCCUACGAGGAUUUCCUCCGAGGAUCAUUCUUUUGAGGAUUAUUUUUUAUUAAAAAAACGUCAACAAGUAAACACAUUUGUAUGGAAAAAUAGAAGCCAGCCUUAAGGAAAAGUGACAGUUCUGACCUAAAUGAGAACAUAAAACUUUCUCCAUGAUUGUUUGAGUUGGGCUGCAGCAACCUGUGGAGCUUUCAGCGCUUGUUUUGAAGGGGCUGUCAACACAAUGGGACGCCUGUGCCUGCCCUUGGUUGUCACUCUCUCCCUUUUCACCUGCCAGGUUUUGUGCUCGGGGGUGUUUGAGCUGAAGCUGCAGGAGUUUCUCAACAAGAAAGGGGUGACGGGAAACGCCAACUGUUGCCCCGCCGGCUCGGCUCAUCAGCCCGGCCACCAGCAGUGCGAGUGCAAGACUUUCUUCCGGAUCUGUCUGAAGCACUACCAGGCCAACGUGUCACCCGAACCUCCCUGCACCUACGGCGGAGCAGUGACCCCCGUACUGGGCUCCAACUCCUUCCAGGUGCCGGAGACCAACGCGGACACCUUCACCAACCCAGUGCGUUUUAAUUUCGGCUUCACAUGGCCGGGGACAUUUUCACUGAUCAUUGAAGCUCUGCACACAGACUCCCUGGACGACCUGGCAACAGACAACCCGGAGCGUCUCAUCAGCCGCAUCACUACUCAGCGUCACCUGACCGUAGGAGAGGAAUGGUCCAAAGAUAUGCAGACAGCAGGCAGGACGGAGCUGCGUUACUCGUACCGCUUCCUGUGCGAUGAGCACUACUACGGCGAGGGCUGCUCUGUGUUCUGUCGACCCAGAGAUGAUGCCUUUGGACACUUCACCUGUGGAGAGCGUGGAGAGAUCAUUUGCAACUCUGGCUGGAAGGGACAGUACUGCACUGAGCCAAUCUGUCUUCCUGGCUGUGAUGAAGAUCAUGGCUUCUGUGAGAAACCUGGAGAGUGCAAGUGUCGUGUAGGAUUCAGCGGGCGUUACUGCGAUGACUGUAUUCGUUACCCGGGCUGCCUCCAUGGUACCUGCCAACAACCCUGGCAGUGUAACUGCCAGGAGGGAUGGGGCGGCCUCUUCUGCAACCAGGAUCUCAACUAUUGCACACACCACAAGCCUUGCCUCAACGGUGCCACUUGUACCAACACUGGCCAGGGCAGCUACACUUGCUCCUGUCCACCUGGCUAUACAGGCGCCAGCUGCGAGAUCCAGGUCAAUGAAUGUUCCGGAAACCCCUGUCGCAAUGGUGGUAGCUGUUCUGACCAUGAUGGUGGUUAUAAGUGUACCUGCCCACCUGGUUUCUAUGGCAACAACUGUGAGCUGAGUGCCACUAGCUGCGCAGAUGGGCCUUGCUUCAAUGACGGCCGCUGUGUCGACAACCCUGAGGGGGGCUACUUCUGCCAGUGCCCCAUGGGAUACGCUGGAUUCAACUGUGAGAAAAAAAUUGACCACUGCUCAUCCAAUCCUUGUUUGAAUGGUGCAGAAUGUGUGGACCUGGUGAAUUCAUACCUCUGUCAGUGUCCUGAAGGGUUUUCUGGUUCCAUUUGUGAGGACAGCAGCAGCAGCAGCAGCAGCCUCUCUGGACACUGUCUGUCUUUUCCUUGUCAGAAUGGUGGGACGUGCCAGGAGGCAGCAAAUGGCUACACUUGCAACUGCCCUCCAGGGUAUACCGGCAAAAACUGCAGCUCUCCCAUUUCCCGCUGCGCUCACAAUCCCUGCCACAAUGGCGCCACCUGCCACGAGCGCAGCAGCCGCUACGUGUGCGCCUGUGUGCCAGGCUACGGUGGACACAACUGCCAGUUUCUCUUACCAGAGGUCCCCAAGGGUCAACCGGUGGUGGACGGACCGGACAGACGGUAUUCCUCCCUGGAAAGUGAAAUUCUUGACGAUGCCGACGAUGAUGACAGCGGCUUCCCCUGGACAGCCGUGUGCGCCGGCAUCUUUCUCGUUCUGGUGAUUCUCAUCAGUUGCUCUGUGCUGGUGGUCUACAUACGUGUCAAGAUGCAAGAACGACACAGUCACCGUGGCGACAGUGUCCGUAGCGACAGCCACGAGACAAUGAACAACCUGACGACCACCAACAAUUGUCUCCGAAGCGACAAGGAGCUGAGCGCCGUGAUGUCGACUUCUAUCAAAAAUACCAACAAAAAGGUGGAUUACCAUUCAGACCUAACCGGGUCGCUUGGUGGUCUGAGUGGGAUCAGUGGGCUUAAUGGACUUUGUGGAUCAGAGAAGCAUGGCUUUAAGACUCGCUACUCCAGCGUGGAGUACAACCUUGUCCACGAGCUGAGGCCUGAGGAGGUGUCGCUGGGCAAACAGGAGGAGCAUGAUGGGCCUGAGGUUAAAUGUGAGAUGCUGGAUGAGUCUGAUACUGAAGAAAGACUUAGGAAAAGACAAAACAGUGAGGCCUCAGAAGAAAAACAAGCAGAAGAGUCACCGAGCUGCAGCGAAACCAAGUAUCAAUCAUCCUAUGAUCUGAAUCAACACGGCACCGGUGAUCUUAAAUACCAAUCAAGCUGUGACAUUGAAUACCAAUGCGGUGCUGGUGCAGACAGCAAGUACCAGUCUGUGUACGUCAUGUUGGACCAGAAAGACGAGUGUUUAAUCGCCACAGAGGUAUGAUACUCAUCUGGACCAGUUUCCCAGUGGUCCUUGUUAGCCCUGAGCAGUACAGCUCAGCUUGUCUCCGGGAGGUUUUACUCCUGCGGUUUGCUGCUGUUCCCUGGAAUUUACCGAAGGAUUUUGUAGCCAAGGUGCCGCUAGGACAGUGCAAGCUGGUGAAUACUAGACAUUGCUGACCUCAGACCAGGAUGUGACUCCCACCGUCACAGCACCUGAAGACAUUGUGCAGGAAUUGUACAAACCUGAAUCAAUGUUGGACUAGGUGCCCCUGCAGUCUUUGCAAGAGCUGCAGACUGAAAUAUUGGCAUCAAGGUGGAUUCCAUUCCUUGUCACCUGAUAAAAAGGGAGCAUUGACGUGGAUGUUGACACAUGAAAUUGUAGUACCAUGGAGUACUGAUUGAAUGAACAUAGUAGUACCAUUGGAGUACUGAGAACUUAUAUGUUGUAGUGCUAUUAUGUGCUAUGAUUAUUAAAGUACAAAGCUGUCAUAAAUGACGUUGUAUGUACUGUGCAGUGCUGCAGAGGAGAGCGUGUAGUCAUGGUAAUGGUGGGCCAAAUACUCAUCUUUAUCUCUGCAGCAUCGACAGACUCUAUCGGCUGAGCUGGUUCUCAGCAGAACUGACAGAACUGAAGACUCCAGUAGUGACUGCAAAUCGAUCCAACAUGGAUCCUGUUGGGCCAUACUGGCCCCUGAAAGUGUGGAUAAACGGGGCAAGGUUUUUAGUGACUUGAGAAACAUGAAUUAUUCCAGAAUUUCCAAGCAAAAAGUCAAUGAAAGUAAUACCAGUACAUCAAUCACUAUCACCAUUUUCAAGUUGUUUGUCCCGACCUCUGAUGCUGUUGUGUGUCUAUGUCAAGCUAUGAAGGAGUCGUCCGAACUGCCAAGACCUCAUUGCACUAUGGAGGUGUGUGUGUGUGUGUGUGUGUAUACUGACACCCGUGUCUUCCACUGUUAGUCAAUCAUCAUUUAGCAGCCAUUCCCUCGCCUGCCCAUCAGAGGUUAGCAUCAUACGAUUCAUGUUUGUAAUGUUAUUUUUUAUUAUUGAAACAAAGAUGUUCUUUUAAUUUAAUUAUGUUAUUUGUGCUCCAAUUUGGUGUGAUAUUUUGUGCUAUAAUUUAAGUUUUGGAUUGUUUUUUAUUUUUAUUUGACAGAUAAUGUAUGUAUGUAUGUAUGUAUGUAUGUAUGUAUGUAUGUGUUAGGCACUUGAGACCACUGUGACUGUGUUGUAUUUAAGAGAGAAGUCGUAUGUACAGAGCCUGUCAUUUUUAUUACUGGAAAAAAACGCAAUAUUUUUCCAAAA